UCCAGCGGAAAUUGGGUUUCUCCGUCCCGGGAAACUUGACUACGGUUCUUCGUUCCCAGGGUUCCGUGAGAGCCGUUUGCCCCACCCCACCUCUACAACGCUAUCUAUCUCAAUGUUCAAUUCUCAGAGAAAAAAAAAAGGUGGGCAAAAAUAAUUCAGGGUAACACUGCAAAGAAACGAGUCUCACCUCCCUGACCGGUUUCAUCGGAGCUGCCGUGGCCUGUCGGCGGUUAAAAAUGACAGCGUCGCCGUUGGAUCAGUGAUUGAAAACACCGUGGUAUGUUCAUGUAUCGUGCACAUGUAACCAUAAUCUACCAUACGGAUUCAGAGGGAGUACAGAAAGCCGAGAGACUUGACAGCGGCUUGUACCUGCGCCAAACGGGAAAAAAAACGGGGGAUUUUUCUACGAAUAUCACCUGGAUAUCGCGUUACAUUCAAGGACAUCCAGCUGCCAAACACCGCCUUAGCUCGGCCCCGAAGAAGCUUUCCGAUGUGAGGAGAAAUACAAAUUAACGUUACGGACAGAAAAGGGACGGCGAAGGGGCCUCUUUUCUUUCUUUCUUUCUUCAUAUAUAUAUAUUUCUUUUUAUUUAGGGGGGUGGGGGUCUCGUCAAACCCUCCAAAAAAUAAAAAAAAUAAAGGCAAGCACCAGCAUCUAUUGACGAGGAGAGGAAAUAAUUUGGACAUCGGCUGAAAGCAGGAUAUUAUUGAUAAGGUUGCUGUAUAAUGUGAUUGUUAUUGUAGAGAAAGAAGCCCCGGUUGUAGCCUGAUGAUUCACAUGCCGUCAUUUUAAGAAGAAAUAUUUAUUUUUUAAUUUCCCCCCACCCGCCCUCUAAUAUGUCUUUUUUUUUCUUUUCUUUUUUUUUUUUGGCCAGCUGAGAUAGGAUUGCAAAUAAUAACCUGAAAUAUAUUCAAAGGAGGAGUCGAUGAAAAAGAAAAAAAAAAACAAAUAGGGCUUUGGUUAUGAGUGGAAAUGAAUUGAAUGGCAGAGGAAUGAGGUAUCUGCCAGAGAUGGGCUCCGGAGGAGACAUUUGCUGAGGAAGAUUUAAUAUCAAAGCUUGAGAAGAUUUAUAUAUAUAUAUAUACAUAAUAUAUACAUAUCUAUAUAUGUAUAUUUUAAAACAAAGGAGGGAAAAAAAAACCCUUAAGGAAGCUGGACCCCACCACCUCCACCCCUCGACGCUCAUUCAUGUGCAGCGAGAAGCUGGAAAUUUUACAUCCACUCUCAUAUCAAUGUUGAUGACUUCAUUGCAGAUUUACAGUCAAAAAUACAGGAAUCAAGUGUCUGAGAAGGGCGGCAUUGUAGCUCUGCACCUUUCUGACUGAUCUGUUGCUGAUAAAUUGCCAGUAAAUAUCCACCCCCACCCCCCUUCCCCUCUCUCCAUACAUACACAUUGUGCCAAAGCCUGGUGAAGCCCAUCGUUCGUCUACUACCUGGCGUCUGUUUCAUCUGCAUCUGGCAACAUAAAUGUCACCCAUUUUGAGCCAGGUAUUCCUUUUUUGGGCCAAUCUAGGAAUUUAGGAUUGAUUUAAAUUUUUUUUCUCUCUUUUUGGAUCAUAACCCUUUUCACCCACCCGCCCCAACCAAAUCAACCACCCUGCCUCCAAUCCCUGAACCUGCAACUGGGUUUUUGGGAAGAUGGGCUGCCUUGGUAAUAGUAAGACUGAAGACCAACGAAAUGAGGAGAAGGCACAGAGGGAAGCCAACAAAAAGAUAGAGAAGCAGCUCCAAAAAGACAAACAGAUAUACCGGGCAACUCACCGACUACUGCUGUUGGGGGCUGGUGAAUCCGGGAAAAGUACGAUAGUCAAACAGAUGCGAAUAUUGCAUGUUAAUGGCUUCAACGCAGAGGAGAAAAAACAGAAAAUUCAUGAUAUUAAAAACAACAUUAAAGAAGCUAUAGAGACGAUUGUGGCGGCCAUGAAUACGCUCACACCUCCUUGCCGCUUAGCCUGUCCCAAGAACCAGUUCCGGAUCGAUUAUGUCCUGAACCUAGUAAACCAGAAAGAUUUUGAUUUUCCUUCAGAGUUUUAUGACCAUGCAAAGAUCCUUUGGCAAGAUGAGGGUGUGCGGGCAUGCUGGGAAAGGUCCAACGAAUAUCAACUCAUCGACUGCGCACAGUACUUCUUAGACCGGAUUGAUGUGGUCAGGCAGAAUGAUUACACACCCACCGAUCAGGACCUGCUGAGAUGCAGAGUACUGACAUCUGGGAUCUUUGAGACAAAAUUUCAAAUAGACAAAGUCAAUUUCCAUAUGUUCGACGUUGGAGGUCAGAGGGAUGAACGCCGAAAAUGGAUCCAGUGUUUUAAUGAUGUGACAGCUAUCAUUUUUGUGGUGGCAAGUAGCAGCUACAACAUGGUGAUCAGAGAAGACAAUCAGACUAACAGACUACAGGAAGCCCUCAAUCUUUUCAAGAACAUUUGGAACAACAGGUGGCUACGGACCAUUUCUGUAAUCCUCUUCCUGAACAAACAGGACCUGCUCGCUGAGAAGGUUUUGGCAGGAAAAUCUAAAAUUGAGGAGUAUUUCCCAGAGUUUGCACGCUACACUACACCUGAUGAUGCAAUACCCGAGCCAGGAGAAGAUCCCCGUGUUACCAGGGCAAAGUACUUCAUACGGGAUGAGUUUCUGGUGGGCAGACAUAGGAUCAGCACAGCCAGCGGGGACGGCCGGCAUUACUGUUACCCCCACUUCACCUGUGCGGUCGACACAGAAAACAUCCGCCGCGUCUUCAAUGACUGUCGCGACAUCAUACAGAGAAUGCACCUACGGCAGUACGAGCUCUUGUGAUUGGCAGCGAUGUCCGAUCCUACUUAACUACCUACCAACCUACCUGUCUACCCCCCAAUGACCAGUUAACCAAUCACUCAUCCACUUCCACCGACUUCACCUAACAUCCGAGCAAGGGACUGAUGCCUGCCCUCCCCUCCACUCCGCUACAGCUUCUCCCGGUAAAUGCAACUGCAGAAAAACUGAACAGCGGAAAGACUCUUUUCAAAACAAAGGAAACACCGUUACGGAUACACCAACAUCAGCAACUAUCAGCCUGGACUGACUGCUGUACUCAGCUACUCUUUGACCCAGGAAAGAGGGUCAGGACUGGAAUCCCUGAGUGUAGGCGAACUUUCCUUUCAGCUCUCUCUAGGAUAAAUGAGAACGCACACUCACAGGUACACACACACACACACACGACAAAAUAAGACAUUAGCAGUGAAACACACAUACACUCAAAUAUCCUUUUAAAAGUCAAGUCCUACUGCUUUCCAAAGUUGGCAGAGGCUCAAAUAAAUAAUGCAUUCUGAGAGAGACCAGUUUAUUCACCUUGUGCUGAAGAGGAAGGAAGGAAGAGAAGAGAGCAACGGACACUGAGGGUGGCAAAAAGAUACAGAGGAGGGCUGUUUUGUGCCCGGGGAUGGACAGAUGGACUAAUUGACUAAUGGCUGCCUUUGGAUGUGAGCAUGACUCGAACAUAAGACCACACGGCUCUUCAAGAAACCAAUCGAGGAGGGAUGAAGAAAACAACAAAAAAAAAUUAAUGAAAAAAAAAACAAGAUAAAUAUCAUAUAAUGCAUAAAUUCAUGCAUACCAGUGAACUUCAUGCAGUGCAAAAAAAAUCCAAGCUAUAUAUAUAGAUAUUUAUAUAUGUGUGUAUAUAAAUAUGUAUAUAUAUAUAUAGAUAUAUAAAUAUAAAUAUUAUAUAUUCCUGUAAUAACACAAUUCAACUUUUAAGUUUUUGUUAGUUUUUAACUCAUGUUUUGUGUUGGUAUACAUUGUGUGUGUGUGUGAGAUCUGCCUUUGUGCACCAUUUAAACCUCCUGACUUAAACACACAUACACACACACACACACACACACAAAAUAUAUACAUCCUCGCCCCUUUGCUCUUGCUGCUAUUUGACAACUAUUCAAUAGGUGGAAAAAUAAAGGAGACAUUUUGUUUAACAAUGAAACCAUGACAACACAAAAGGAAAGCAUGAAGCUAAAGAAAUGACUUUUCGAGGCUGGAUGUGACAUGAUUAUCUGGGAGGACACGCAAACACACUAACAUGCGCACACACACCCCUCAUCACUCCCCCUCCCCUGUCCACACAAUGACCCACCUUCCCCACCCUUUACCUUUCGUCUUGUUCUCUCACCUCUCCCAUUCCCACCUCGUCCCCUCCCAGCUUUAAGUACGUCUGUCUUUAUUUUACUGCUGGACUAUUAUUCUUGUACAGACUGUAAAAUGUAUUAUUUUGUACAACUUUAUUGAAGAAAAAAAAUAACUUGUAGAAGAUCCCUGUGCCUUGAUCACGACUGUACGUGUAAAAAUGAGCUAAUAUGUAAGUUAUGUUUCACUGCGCUGUACAGCUGGAUGGGUCUGUCCCACCUCGUCCGGGCUAGCUCACCGCUCCGGGGGGCUGGUUGUGAGGUGAGGGGGGGGGCGGACGGGCGUCGGAUCAUGGAGGAAGCCUUUCGUCUGUUGCUUAGUUUCCAUUUUAUUCCCGCAUUUAUUUGUUUGUUCAUUUAUUCGUUUUGUUUUUCUCCUCUGCUUCAUAUGAUAGGAUUGGGAAAAGAAAAAUGGAGAAAGAUAAUCAGACACACCACUUUAAUGCUGUGUAGUGAAAAAUACUGAACCCUAACACAAAUUUUUUUUUUUCCAGGUUUUAUAUUUUCUAUAUGUACUCUACACUUAUCUCUGUCUCCCUUGAGAGUUGUCGCCUGGUUCCUUUACUUUCUGUCAGUAAUCUGCAAACACUUUCAGAAGGUGGCAGUUUUGGGUGCAAUGGGGUGGGUGUUCAUUUCUUCUAAUUUUUUUUUUCUUUUCUUCCAAGCUUUAACUUUUUUGAAGAUGAGGGAAAUAUCCAGUUGCAAAACAUUGCUUGUUUCUACAUAAACCAAAUUCUUUUUGCUUAAACAAGAGCAAACAGUUGUAUUAGUGUUUGGUUUAUUCCUAGAAUCAGUAUAUUAGAUCAGCAUUGCACAAACUGAAGCUGUCACUUUAUUGGGUAAACCUGAAUUUUUCAGUCUAGCACGUCAGCCACGCAAUGAAU